UUUCUUGAUAGAAACACAACCUAUUCCGAAAUUAUUUUGAUACAAAUUUCAUACAUCUCAAGCAGAGAAAAUACACCUUUUUUUAGUAGCUUUUAGUCUUAAAGGUGGCACACUAAAAACCUCCAUUACUGCAAAAAUAGGCACACAUCCGAUUGUACAUAUGAAAAUUCACUUGAAAAUUGUCAAAAAUCUUAUAUCAAAAUUUUACCAACGGAACAAGUAUUCACGAAGGAAUGAAAAUGCCACCCAAUCAGCAGAUAGAUCCACAAUCGGCGGAGAUCAGCGGUAGGACACCUAUGAUACAGUUGACUCGAGCAGAACGCUUAAAAAUCAGGCUCGCCAAUAUGAAGGAGCAAGUCUCAGCGAAACAGCAGGAGCGUAGCGAAAAGAAGAAGAAGAAGCUGGCCGCAUUGGCCAAUCUGAUGGACUUGAACGAUCGGGACCGUCUCCACGAGGCGGAGCUGGCAAAGAAGCGGGACUCUGUGUCCAAAUCCAGCGGCACAGAGGCGAUGGAAGACGAAGGGUUUUCCACAGUGAGCAGCAAGCGAAAAACCAAGAAUCGGCACACCAUCAGGAGCACUCCGGAACGGACCAUAGAUGCGGAUCCGAACCACACAUAUGAGCCACAGAAUAAACGGAUUCGCAAUGAUGAGGAAGCCGGGGGCGAUAAUAUACCCGAUGACACGUUGGUUACACUCAGCGAAGAGCAAUACAAGACCCUUUCGGCGGAUCUGCGACGACGCAAGCGGCGACUGCAGGAUGUUCCCGCCUUGCGGCUGAGGGAGAUGGGGCAACGUGCAUUGCUGGAGACGCCUCAGGAUGCGCGCACGCCCAUCUUCCUCAGCGACAUACAGAACCUGCUGAUGUCCGGCAUGAUUGGCCAAAAGAGCCCCUGCCGGCCAGACCGCUGGUGCUCCAUCGAGAAGUGGGUGAGUCUGUCUCAUAGUGUGGUGGUAAUCCUGGAGGGCCUCUCCCUCUACCACUACCUCUCCAAUGAGAGCCAGUUCGAGGCCACCAACAGGAUAUUCAACACAAAGCUGGAGCUUAUGCUGCCCCAGCAGGGGGAAGGCUUGAUUAUCGAUGAGAUCGCUCAGAUUCCCUUGACCAGUGUGCAGGCCAAGAUGCUAAUUGACGAGCACGGCUCCCUGGAAUCUGCAGUGGCACUCAACAAGGACCCCACACUGUUCGUGAGGGGCAUUUUCCCCAUUGAGAGCCAGGAGCCGGGCGUGGAGCAGCCUCAGCUGCAUCCAGAUGACAAAUUCCCGCGGACCAAACUUUUGCUCUCCGCCCUGCAAAUGGUCGACGAGGGCUAUCCAAUCCCCUUGCAGGGAGAGCUUCACAGCCGCUUCAGGUCGUACAUGUUCACAAAGGAAUCCUACAAGCCGGUGACCAACCGCAGUCCCAUGUACGGCGUGGACUGUGAAAUGUGUCGCACUGUGGCCGGGCUCAACGAGCUGACGCGUAUCUCCAUUGUGGACGAGGAGUACAGGACUGUGUACGAGACGCUGGUGAUGCCCGACAACAGGAUUGUGGACUACCUAACCCAAUACUCGGGCAUCACCGAGGAAAUCAUGAAGCUGGUGACCAAGCAGCUGAAGGAUGUGCAGCAAGAGGUGUCCGCGCUGCUGCCAGACGAUGCCAUCCUCGUGGGACAGUCUCUUAAUUCUGAUUUGAAUGCCAUGCGGAUGAUGCAUCCGUAUGUGAUCGACACGAGCGUGUGCUUCAACAUCUCCGGGGUGCGGCGGCGGAAGAGCAAAUUGAAGCAUCUGGCGAUGACUUUCCUGAAGGAGACCAUCCAGGAGAACGAGUACGGUCACGACUCGAUCGAAGACUCCAGGGCCACGCUGAAGCUCGUGAAGAUGAAGCUCGCCAACAGCAUAGAGUUUGGCGACGAGAUUCUAACGCAACACAAGCGCCUGCAGGAGAUCGCCAAUGCCUGCAGCGGCGACAGCAUCACGAACAAUAUGUUUGCAUAUUCGGCCAAGCGGGACAGGAGGACGGCGAUCGUGAAUGUGGGAGGCCUGCAGCCGCGCCUCAAGGAGAUCAUCCAAAAGGCCGAGCAGGUCGUCCCCAAGGACAAUAGCAGCGCUGUCCUCGUGCACGAGGUGGCCACCACCAAAGAAGCUGUGCGAAAGGUCACCGAAAUAGCUCUGGAGAACUCUCUGACCAUUGCCAAUCUGCCGAUACCCGAAGAAGACUUUCUCGUGGAUAGGGCCGAACGCAGUGCUGCCAAAAUCGACAAGGUCAUCGAGCGCCUGUGGAAUACGGUGGCUCACAAUGGACUCUUCCUCGUUCUCAUGGGCGGCUCCACAGAGUGUCCCAAAGGUGUGGCCAAAAUCGCCAUCAAGCGAUUAAAUGGCACCGAACAGACUAGUGCACCCAUCGGUUGUUAGCCCUGACUUCAUUUUAGUUCAAUGCCCCGGAAGUGUACCACAAAUAGCUUGGAUCAAAACGCUAAAAAACGCUUCGUGUCUCAAGCAAAAUUAAAUUAGCCGUGCUACAACCUCUGACGUACAAUCUAAAUCUAUUUCGCUCUUUCUUUGCCUAAUCUAUCCGGAAUUACACUGCUAAAAUGAAACGAAACUAAAGUUGUAAAAUUCAUAAAUAAUCGUAUGAAAUAAAAUAAAAA